CGCCGCUCUGAGGACCUGCGUUUGUGUGACGUCAUGAGCGGUACCGGAUGCCUCGCGUGAACCGGACCGUGGUUCUGUACCUGCUGAUCGCCAGCAGCUGCGUCUUCCUGCUCUUCCAGCUCUACUACUACCGGAAGUACGUGAGCAAGCAGUCUGGUCUUCACUUCCUUAACCCGGCAGGUCACCUGACCUCCAGCCAUUUCCAAUGGCAGACGUUGAGGAAGUUCCUGGCGUUGGCGCAGCAUUUCAAGCUGCCGCUGUUCCUGGCAGACACUGCUGUGCUGUCCCUGUUCUCCCAGGAUGCCUUGCAGCAACGUGACCGCGUGGUGCGGGAGCCGCCCUGCACUGUCCUGUGCACCGGCCGGCCAAUCACAUCGUUCGCUUUGAACGCCAAACUCUGGAAGUUCAAUCCUGCCUUCCUGCUGGCUGCUCAGCAGAAAGGCUUCGAGCUGCUGGAGCUGCAGGGCCAGGACCCGCGGCUGGCCGGUCUGGACACCCUGUCAGGGGAGGAGGUUCCUCUGCACUUCCUGUUCCGCAACAACAGCUACAUCAUCCAUGUGAUAUUCCUGUAUGAGCGCAGCGGGAACUACCUGUGGCAUGGACCGCUGCGCCUAAAAGGCAACAUGUACCGAAGCUUUGCUCCCUUCAAACUGCUGGACUACGGACGUCAUGCCGGAGUCUACGACAGGCCAGAGCUGAUCUUCACCGUCCUGGACGGCAUUGACGUGCGAGUCCCUCGAAACAUUUCUCACUUUCUGGCGCAGCAGCGACAAUCUCGCUUCUUGGAGUGUCGUUACCGUGAUGCCCAUAACUUCUUGCAGCUCUACCCUGACGACUCGUCUGCAGCAGCGCUUGAUUUUCGGAGAAAAGCAAGAUCGUUGCUUCACACAGCCACUAAAACACUUGCUGUUCUCAACAUCCCGUUCUGGAUCAGCAGUGGAACCUGUUUAGGAUGGUUCCGGCAGUGCAGCAUCAUCUCCUACAGUCGGGACGUCGACAUCGGGAUUUUUGUUGCGGACUUCAAGCCUGACAUUAUCGCAGCCUUCACAGACGCCGGCCUGUCUCUCAAACACAAGUUUGGAAAGGUAGAAGACAGUCUGGAGUUGUCGUUUCUGAGUGACGAUGUCAAGUUAGACAUCUUCUUCUUCUAUGAGGAAGGAGACUUGAUGUGGAACGGAGGAACGCAGGCUAAGAGCGGGAGAAAGUUCAAGUACAUCUUCCCUCGCUUCUCGCUCUGCUGGGCGGAGCUGCUGGAGCUGAAAGUUCGUGUUCCAUGUGACACACUCGACUACAUCACCGCGAACUACGGCUCCACCUGGAGCGUCCCAGUGAGGAACUGGGACUGGAAGUCAUCACCAAGCAACGUGCAGGAAAACGGGGUGUGGCCUCGGGAGGAGUGGGAUGAGCUUAUUCAGGUGUACUAAGUUACACAAUGGAGACUUUGUUAUUUUUAUUCUUUCAGUACGGUGGCCGAGACUCGCCAUUGCUGAAAAUAAAAGUAACGCUGCAAACAGAAACAAACGCCGCUGCAAAUAAAAUAAACGCUUAGCAAAUAAAAUAAACGCUAAAAGAAACGCUGCAAAUAUAAAGAAACCCUGCUGCAAAUAAAAUAAAAAAUAAUAAAAAAGCCACAACGGAAGUGAAUUACCGGGGACUAUUUUUGCCGAUGCACCGGUGUUUUUAUGUGAGAGUUGAAGAAGAAGACGAAAAAAAUUACACGUAGCGACGUUGAACACUAACUUUUUCACUUAUUUUCUCGUUCGUUGUUCUUCUUAUUCCUCGCUCUUCUUAUUUCUUCCUUUUCACUUACGUCCUCUUCGUCUUCUUUUUCUCCUCUCACGUAAAAACACCAGCUUUUUUUUGCGUCGCUUCUUUUUAAAUUUGCAGCAGCGUUUCUUUAUAUUUGCAGCGUUUGUUUUUAUUUGCAACGUUUAUUUUAUUUGCAGCGGCGUUUGUUUUUAUUUGCAGCAGCGUUUCUUUUUAUUUGCAGCAUUUCUUUAAUUUUCAGUAAUGGCGGGUCUCGGCCACCGUAUUUCAGUGAUCUGUAACACAGCUGAUGUACUAAUACGUUUUCAACAAUAAAUUCGUCUUUACA